AUGGAAUCAAAUACAAAAGAAUCAAAAGUUCCAUUAGGUGGAAUUAUACGUUUACAAUUAAAAAAACCAAAACAAUGGAAUUGGGAAUUAACAACAUCAAAAUCAUCGCCAAACAUAUCAAUGCCAAUUUUUCAAUUAUUUGAUGACCAUGGUAAUUUACUAACAGAAGCUAAUGACCGUAAUGGUUGCUGCCGUAGAAGUUGGGAUCCCACAGCUGUUGAUAAAAUGACUCAACCGAUUUUAAUAACACGACAUAAAAGUAUGCGAAAUUCAUUUCAUGAACAACACUCAUCUGUUGCAACGGUAGAGAAUACUAAAGAUCAAGAAAAAAAGUAUAAACUUCGUUCGAGUAAAGCUGGAACCUUGGUGGUAAGCGACGAUAGUUUCGAAAAAAGACCUAGAAAACAUCGACAUCAUUUAUAUGCCGACAAUAAUUCGAAUGUAAAUUUAAAUAAAUUUGGUAAUUAUUUUGAACACGAAACAUUAAUUAAUUCAGCGAAACCAAAUAUUAUGCAUAGAAAAACAAAAAGUGAUUUAGGCUUAGAAUCUAUACGAUUAUCGAAAAACGAGAAUAUUUAUCCAAUGCCGGAUUAUCGAUUAUUUAAAACACGGCCAGUGCAAAACCUAUGUGAUUUAUCACAGUCAAAACCUUUUAGUAAUUUAGAAAAAUCAAAUUUAGUUUAUAGCCAAAGUGAUAAAGUGAUGUGCUCGAAUGACCGUGACUCAAACCAUGUGCAACAAAAUAAAUUGAAAUUAAAAAUACCAAAAGAUAACACCGUCCCAGAUGUCCAAACACCGACGUAUAUUGUGCAGGAACCAAUAACACCUCUUAGUGUUAACAAUCAAGACUUGCCAAGUUUUUCAGUGAAAAAGAAGAAUAGAAGAAAAUAUUUGACUAAAUCUGAGGACAUCGAUAGUAAAGAAUUGUCACCAUCGACUGAUGACGACAAUGUCCUAGAGUCGCGCAAACAAUUACGCCGUCGUAGAAAGAAAAAAGGUGAUCGAAUUUUAGAAAUAGACAGGAAACCUGUAUCAGAUUUGGAAUCUGCAACCAGACAAUUACAAUCAGCCUCUGAUGGUGUAUUAUUACGCCUUGCACGACGAGUACCAUCAACAUCUAAUCAUGCGACGAAUGAAGAACAACAUAAUGACACAACCCCAACGAGAAAUGAUAAUAUUAAUCAAAGUGACUUAAACACAAUGGGCGCAAAUGUUAGUCGACAUUCUGGUAAAGGAUUAUCUGGACGUCGUACACAAUCAAGUGGUAAUAUCUGCAAUCGUAAAUCCUCAUCAAAUGUUGCGCGUUUAUUGGGCCCAUGUGCAACAACGGACGCGGUAUUAACACCUAAUCAACAUCAAUCAGUAAAUGUGAACGUGAAUAAUCGAUUUUGUGGUUCGUUACCAAAUAAUUUAGAUGAUACUGAUUCUUUACAAGAUUGUGAUGAUCAUCAUACAAUUGACAAUAAUAAUCAUCUUACUUCAAACAAUAGUCAGAUAGCAGCCAAAUCGUCAUCUUAUAUACCAAAAAAAUAUCAUGCACCAUCCAUUCCAACAGUACAAAAUUAUAGAAAAUGUGAUCCAAAUGAUUAUGAGCUACGAUUACAACCGUUACAUGUGAAAAUACCGGGAAAUAAUGAUACGGGAUUAUAUGAUCAAGGUUAUGGAUCUGAACGAUCACCAGAGGAUGAAUACGCAUCUAGAGCUAUGGAAUUUGAAAAUUCAGAUGACUCCAAUUUAUAUGCAAAAUAUCCAUUUAUUACACCAGAAACAAUAUUUACGGUGACAUUAACUAAAAAUUCAAGAGGCUUAGGCCUAAGUGUGACAGGUGGUGUUGAUUGUCCAGGUCCAUGGUCGGGACUUGUACGUGUAAAACGUUUAUUUCCAAAUCAACCCGCUGCAACAUGUGGCCUAUUAUCAACGGGUGACUUAAUUUUAGCUGCAAACGGCCUAACAUUAACAGGGUUAACAAAUUAUGAAGCACUUGAAGUACUACGAACAACUCCAUCGAAUGUAGUAUUAACCGUUUGCCGACCACCACCGGAAAUUUUAAGUACCGUUAGUCCAUUGAGUGAUAUACCACCACCACCACCAAAGCGGGAUCCAGCUUGUUCAAUUAAUUUGUUUUCUGGGCUAACACCUUACGAAGACAGUUAUAACGGCGAAUUUGAUAUAGUUUUAACCAAAGUACAAGGAUCAUUAGGAUUUACAUUACGAAAAGAGGAUGAAAGUGCAUUAGGACAUUAUGUUCGUGCACUAGUGCGCGAACCAGCAUUAUCUGAUGGUCGUAUUAAACCUGGUGAUAAAAUUGUGGCUGUAAAUGACGUUGAGCUGUCUUCAUUGAGCCACGAAGAAGCUGUUCAAUUCCUUAGACAAUGUGGCCAAGAAGUAAAAUUAAGACUGUAUCGAGAUGCUGCUCAGACUCCAGUAGCAGCAUUAUCACCAACUGAACCAGAUCCUCCUUUAAGAUUGAAACCACUCAGACAAGAAGCCGUGGAUAUGCUAUCAGAUUUAGCUGUACGUAAAUUAUCACCUUGUAAUAAUCCACCGCCGCCGUCUUCCCUUGACAGUGAUUGGCAGCAUAGUAAAGAAGAUUUAUCAACAAUUAGCAAUACAAAUUCAGCACCUAGAAGAUGUGUACGUCGUACAUUAAGAACAACACCUGACUCAGAUUAUGAUCGAAAUUUGUGUCCUGAAGAAAAAGGUUCCUAUAAAUAUCUCUCUAGUCAAAUAGCAACAUCCGAUUCAGAUAGUUUUAGUCGGAAUGCAUCGUUUGGCUCAGAAAAUAACAAUAUCACAAUAUCAUCUAGUAAUGAAUCGGAACCAGAACGACCAAUCCGUCCAAAUUUCUUAAAUUUGGGUGCUGUAUCAACAACGGCAUCAACACCAAUAAAUCGUAAACCAAAAUUUCAAUUCUCAUUAGCACAUAAUGCUUAUGAAUUGAACAAUUUAGACGCGGACGUAUUAGAUGCACCAAAUUUAACAUUUACAUUAAACAAAAAUAAUAAUGUUGAUGGCGAAAUUGAUUCACCGUCAUAUUGUGCUGCAGCACGUGUAAAUCAAAAUGAGAAUUUAUCAGAAGAACCAGUUAGUAUGCCGCCAAUGACAUCAAGAGGAGAUGAAAAUGUUAAUAAUAUGAUUGAUGGGUUCAAUCAUAAAAAUCCAUCCUAUCAAUCAGCACAUCCAAAAUGUGGAAGUGGUAUUGAAAGCAGUUGUAUUGAUUCGAAUACUACUCCACUUGUACCAGAAAAUGGUAGUAAAGGUUUAUUGAAAUGGAAAGGAGUUGUAUUUAUACCAGAUAGUUUAAAUGAUGAUUCAAAGAGUAAUAUUAUUCAUGCUGACGACAGUGAUUUUGAAAUAAUCACAGUAGAAUUAAAUCGUGGAUGGAACAGUCGCCUAGGCUUUAGUUUGCAGCAAGGAAACAGCGAUGAAACAUUUAUAAGCGCAGUGCAUCCGGAUAGUGUUGCAGCGAGAGAUGGACGAUUACAACCUGGAGAUCAGUUAAUUAGGGUAAAUGACGAAAACGUUGAAAAAAUGACAACAAACGAAGUUAUCGAUUUAUUACGAAUUGUGCGUGGACCUGUCUGUAUUGUAGUAGCAAGAAAAAUUAUUUAAAAUAAAUACCAAAAUAA